AUGGAUCGAAUAGUUCAAAGAACAGUUCAACCGGCCUACUGCUACACAUCCUCUGGAGAUAGUGCAUAUGGGCAAAUGGAGUGCAAAACUUGGUCACCCAUUGUUAAUCUCUCAUCUGUAGCACCCUUUCGGUCCUUUCUGGUCUUAUCUUUUGAAGGUUGGUUGGGAGAGAGACCCAUGAAAACCAUGCUGGGUUACGUCCUGCAAGAGGCUAGCGGGCGGGAACGCGUGUUUUCCAUGCAAACCCGCUCCAUUCCUACGACUGUUCUAGUCAUCUUUCUCGUCGCACACCUUCAUUCUGGCGCAUGCGAACGAAAUUUUGGAUCUGCUUAUGAUUGGAUUGAUUAUUUCCGGUCUGUGUCGUCUUUCGACCGACGAUACGCCCUACAUAUGAUCCGGAAUAUGUUUAACUUUGCCUAUGGGCAUUACAUGCAGCACGCGUUUCCGGCGGAUGAACUAGAUCCAAUUCACUGUACAGGUCGUGGUCAUGACCAUGAACAUCCUGAUAACCUCAAUAUCAACGAUGCUCUAGGUGACUACCAACUGACUCUAAUCGACAGUCUAGACACGUUAGCGAUAAUGGGUCAUGUCGAACAAUUCAAGAAGGCUGUUGCCUUGGUCAUCAAGCAUUUAUCGUUUGAUCGUGCAGUGCGGGUUCAAGUAUUUGAGGCAACCAUCCGGAUUCUUGGUGGGCUACUUUCCGCUCAUCUACUCAUUACGGAUCCUUCGCAACCUUUUGGCGAUCUUCGUCCAGUUUGGUACGAUGAUGAGCUGCUGGUCUUCGCACAUGACCUUGCCAACCGUAUGUUGAAUGCGUUUGACACUUCGGCCACAAACCUUCCUUACCCACGGUUCUACUUGGGCCCUGGACUCAGGGACAAUACGACGUCGGAAACUUGUUUAUCUGGCGCAGGAUCUCUGCUGCUCGAAUUUGGGUGCCUGAGCGCACUUCUAAAUGACCCAACUUACGCGUCUAUUUCCAGACGUGUCGUUUUAAACCUAUGGAGUCGUCGAUCCAGUGUUACAGGCCUACUCGGGGCCACAAUCGAUGUCAACACGGGAAACUGGAUAGAUCGGAUGAGUGGAAUCGGUGCAGGUCAUGACUCUUUCUACGAGUACCUUCAUAAGAGCUCAGUACUCUUUGGUGAUAGGCAAAUGGGCUCAAUGUUUGAACAGGCUUUACACACGUUGCGCUAUCAUUUGCGUACGAAUGGUUCGAGUUGUCUAACCAGCGAUGGCCAGCCGUCGGUCUACUGGAAUUUGGACAUGUAUUCGGGCAGGAAGUCAAACUAUUGGAUUGACUCACUGCAGGCGAUGUGGCCCGGAUUACUGGUAACUUCAGGGGAUGUAACCGAGGCUGUUUGUCAGCAUGCUUUACACUAUUUCAUAUGGCGCGUGCAUAAUCUAUCCCCCGAGCGAUACGAUAUUUCUACAGAAACGUGUCCAUUACCUUUCUAUCCGUUACGACCGGAGCUCGCGGAGUCUACCUAUUUUCUGUAUCGUGCAACUGGACAUCCCUUUUACCUGCAUGUAGGUAAACAAAUCAUGGAAAGCUUGAAGAAACACGCCAAGGCUCGGUGUGGGUUUGCGACCAUCCACAACGUGGCCGACAAAUCUCAGGAAGAUCGAAUGGAAAGCUUUUUUCUUAGUGAAACUCUCAAAUAUCUUUACUUGCUCUUCGACGAGUCGAAUCCCGUCAAUCGUAACGAACUGGACUACGUGUUCAGCACACAGGCUCACCUCUUUCCCGUACGACGGAUACGUAGUCUCUUGGACCAGUUAGACACCAAUCCUUUCAGUACACCGGAACACAUCACUGAACAGAAAAAUUCUUGCCCCUCUCCGAAACUUCCAAGAUCUGCGAUACCUCUGAAUAAUGACCUGUGGCUGAAAAUCGGCACCUUUGUGAAUUCCGGACUGGAUGUAUUUUCUUCAUGACCGUGAUAAUUUUGUACUGUGAUCUUUUUUACUUUUUUAAUUGUGGAAAAAUUGGGAAUCAGC